GCGGCGCCGCCUUCCCACACUCUCUGGCUUUUCGCUCGGCUGCAGUGUUUCCUUUUUAUCCCCACCUCUGCCUCUUUUCAUCCUUUCUCGGUCUUCGGCUCUGCAGUGUGACGAGGCCGAAUCCUCUCUCCACCCAGUCCUCGCCAUUCUUCUCUGCCCGCGUUGUUCUAUUUCUCCCUUCGGCCGCCGCCGCCACUGCUGCACAGCUGGUGUCGGUGCCGCGCUUUUCCCCCCACGUCGUCCCCGCAGCCUAUGGCCCAGGCCGCCUUGGGUAUUUCUGCUCAAGGUAACCACAUCCCUCUUUAAAAAUUCCGCCGAAAAAGAGAAGACGCUUUACCCGACUCUUUGGGCCGUUAUCUCACGGCGAACUUUCUGACCAAGUAUACAACUACCCAGAGGGCCUAGGAGAAGUGCUGUAUAGAGAGCAGUUCGACUUCAACGCUGAGCCACCUUGGGAACCUAGCUGAUGAUAGGGGGGUUCCAUCUCCUAACUUGUCCAUGGAGGUCUUCACUUCAGAAAUCCAAGACUCAUAUUCAUCCAGCUUGGUGUCAAGUGGGCUGUUGCUGCCAGAAUUAUCUUGUGAUUAUUUGAGAGAUGUAUCAGUUUCUUCUGAAGUACAAUCAACUAUAGAAGCCUUUGUAGCAGUUUGUUGCAUAUUCUAAGGACCCAGACGUAAGGCUUGGUGGCCCGUCUCUUGUUUUUCCUGGUUUAUGACUUUCGGCUUUGUGGAAUACGGCUGAGAUGAAAGGAUUUCUUGAUGAUGCAAACUACUCCGUUGGCCUGUUGGAUGAAGGAACAAACCUUGGAAAUGUUAUUGAUAACUAUGUUUAUGAACAUACCCUGACAGGGAAAAAUGCAUUUUUUGUGGGAGAUCUUGGAAAGAUUGUGAAGAAACACAGUCAGUGGCAGAACAUAGUGGCUCAGAUAAAGCCAUUCUACACAGUAAAGUGCAACUCCACUCCAGCUGUACUUGAGAUUUUGGCAGCUCUUGGAACUGGAUUUGCUUGUUCCAGUAAAACUGAAAUGACUUUAGUGCAAGAAUUGGGUGUAUCUCCAGAAAACAUCAUUUACAUAAGUCCUUGCAAACAAGUGUCUCAAAUAAAGUAUGCAGCAAAAAUUGGAGUGAACACCAUGACAUGUGACAAUGAAGUUGAAUUGAAGAAAAUUGCACGUAAUCACCCAAAUGCCAAGGUCUUACUACAUAUUGCAACAGAAGAUAAUAUUGGAGGCGAAGAGGGUAACAUGAAGUUUGGCACUACCCUGAAGAACUGUAGGCAUCUCUUGGAAUGUGCUAAGGAACUUGAUGUCCAAAUAAUUGGGGUUAAAUUUCAUGUUUCAAGUGCUUGCAAAGAAUCUCAAGUAUAUGUACACGCUCUAUCUGAUGCUCGAUGUGUGUUUGACAUGGCUGGAGAAUUUGGUUUCACAAUGAACAUGUUAGAUAUUGGCGGAGGCUUCACAGGAACUGAAUUUCAGUUGGAAGAGGUUAAUCAUGUUAUCAGCCCUUUGUUGGAUGUCUACUUUCCUGAAGGAUCUGGCAUUAAGAUAAUCUCAGAACCUGGAAGCUACUAUGUGUCUUCUGCAUUUACACUUGCAGUUAAUAUCAUUGCAAAGAAAGUUGUUGAAAAUGAUAAAUUUUCCUCUGGAGUAGAAAAAACCGGAAGUGAUGAACCAGCCUUCAUGUAUUAUAUGAAUGAUGGUAUUUAUGGUUCUUUUGCAAGUAAACUGUCUGAGGACUUAAAUACCAUUCCAGAGGUUCACAAGAAAUACAAGAAAGAUGAGCCUCUGUUUACAAGCAGCCUUUGGGGUCCAUCCUGUGAUGAGCUUGAUCAAAUUGUGGAAAGCUGUCUUCUUCCUGAGCUGAAUGUGGGAGAUUGGCUUAUCUUUGAUAACAUGGGAGCAGAUUCUCUCCAUGAACCAUCUGCUUUUAAUGAUUUUCAGAGGCCAGCUAUUUACUACAUGAUGUCAUUUAGCGAUUGGUAUGAGAUGCAAGAUGCUGGACUUACUUCAGACACAAUGAUGAAGAACUUCUUCUUUGUGCCUUGCAUUCAGCUGAGCCAAGAAGAUAGCUUUUCCUCUGAAGCUUAAACAGGCAUUAAUGCUUCUUGAGAUCUGAAGUUGCAGGUUAAGCUUGUCUGGUCUACAUUCCAGUGUGAAACAAAUUCAAACAAUCUUACUCUAUUAAUUCUCUUGGAGACAAAAUCUAUUAGUAAUAGCUAUUUGGGACCAGGCGAAAUCAGCUUUCAUCUAUAAUUCAUUGGGGGUAAUUGGGAAAUUUAGAUAAUGUAUCCAGAUGUAAACUUAACAGUUUGUCCUACCCCCUUAAGCGUUUAAAAUAAAAUAUGCAACAAAAUGGAUGACUUAGUGGAGAUGGAAGCCCAUUAAUUGGGUUCCCCAUUAAAUCGUUUACAUACAAGUACACAGUUUUUAUACUAAGGAUUCAUGUUAAAAAGUCUUGUAAAAUUAAAUGUCUUUCACCCAGAUAUAUCAAAUGUCAGUGGAAGACUAGUGUGACUUCAUUAGAUAUGUUUAGUGUAUUUAGAAUGUGUAAAUUUGUGCUUUGAACUGUAGUUUAAUAAAUGUAAAAUUGCAUCAUAGUAUUUGUUGUAUUUGACCUAAUGUAACCCUUGUAUGAUUGCAAUAAAUUUUUGUGUAGAUUUUACUGUUUUUUCAGGCUAAAACUUUGGGAAAGGGGCUAGCUAGGAAAGGUGGUUUUGAAAUAGAUGUGUAUAUGGACUGUUUUGAAGGUUUUUUUUCUUUUAUAGCCCAUUUAAGUUUAGUUUGGCUCAGUACAUUUUUUUCAGUUAUUUAAAUAGUAAUUUAAGUAAAAUGUUUGGUAAAUCAUUGUGAAGUUCAGAUUCAUGGAGAGUUGAUGUGCGAUAAGCAUGAUGUUUAACAAUUUUAACACCAAAAAUGUUAAUUCUGCAUAAACCAAUUGUAAUAAUUAAUAGGUGUUUCUGUAUAGAUAGGAUGCAUAGAAUACCUUAGUAAAUCUUUGAAUUACAAAUCUUUUGGCUGAAAUGGAAGAUUCUAUUAAAUACUUUGAAUAAACGGGGGGGGAGGGGUGGAUAAAAACGCAGAGAAUUCUGCAACGCACUAAAACUUAGAGAAGGGCUACAUCUAUAUCCAGAAACCUGAUGCUUUUUUGCACGGAAUAUUAUUUAAAUUCAGAGUUGUAGGGAGUGGGGUGAAGCACACCUGUUCUCAAUUUCUUAAUUGCAGUGAUUUCAAACUUUAGUAGGAGUUUUUGUUUUAGUUAUGCUUAGUUUCUUAUUUCCCAUUUGUUCAGCUUUGUAAUUUUAAUUCUUUUCAUACUAAAAUUUUGUGACUGGGGGAAGGGAGUUAGUGUUACUAACCUGACAGUUGUUGCCAGGAGUUUGCGUUGUUCACUGCUAGUAUAUUAGUAAUCCUAGACCUCAGAAUCACAAGAGUAAUAAAAUAAACAACAGGGGUCAUUUUUUCCUAACUUACUCUAUGUUCAGAUGUGGAAUUUCUGUCUCCCCAAGAGGAAAUGUGACUUCACUUUGGUGCCAAUGGACAGAAAAUUCUACCUGUGCUACAUAGGAGAAGUUUGGAAUGCACUUAAUAGCUGGUUUUUACACCUUGAUUUCAAGGUGGAAAGAAAUUGAUCAUGAAUCUCUAAUAAAUUUCAACCUAAACCAGUAGGUGCUUAAUAUUUUUUGAUUUGAUUGAUGCCCAUUUGAAUUUCAUGGGUUCUAAUAAUAAAAUUUAAGACCCCAGUCCAUUGUCCUCUGUAAUUACCCUUGGACUUUACCAAGGUAUAAUAUGGGGUUUUAUGCAAAGUUCCAAGCUACAUGCAACUUUUUUAAACCGUAAUAAAGUGGAGGAAUUAUUCCCAGCCUCCUUUACAUGUUGUGCUUUGUGGUCCAGAAAUGACAAACCAUUUUUUACAAAAUGGUACAACUUUGAGUCCUUGGCUUGACUACACAGCUUUGAGCUUCAUGGCAUGUCAACUUUGCCAUAGUCAUAGGAAAGUUCUAUGUAUUACAGCUCAAGAGUCGCAAAUAUCACAUGUGAAUGAGAUGGUAACUUUGAGAAAUGUCUGUAUUGUAUUUGAAGACUGUUUGCCAUAAAUCUGAAGUUUGAACUUAAUGUAUUUCAAUUUGGUAUGCUAAAAAGUACUCAAUUAAUGUAACAAUCUUUUUUUUUUUUACAAUAUUGUAAUCUCUGCUCAGAAUUUAACUGAAAAUAUAAAACCCAAAUGAUUUCUAUAUAGUAAAUUGAACUGUAAAGGUAAUUUGUGUGUGAUUCUGAAUACACAAGAUAAAAUGUUUUUAUUCCUCCUUAUGUUUUACUUUGGCUUCUAUCGUGAAAGGGUAAUUCUGCAUAUCAACUUUGUUUAUAUUAACUUGCGAGUAUUCUUUCAGAAUCUUUAUUAUAAAGUAGCAAAUCUGGUAAAAUGAUGCUGGGCAUUACAUGUGGAAGAUUUUGAUGAUGUUGAAUAUAUAUGUGAGCACUGAGAGGUUUCCAGGGCCAUGUUUUCUAGAUCCAUUAAUUUACCAGCCUCUUGAAGUUUAAACUUAGACUAAAUGAAAUUGUUUUAUAUAAGUUAAGGUAGGUAUUCUAAGUAAUUGUGGGCACUGUAAUAUUCAAUGCAAAUAUUGUGUUUAAAAAGCCACUGUUCAAUCUUUUUUGUCCCUUGUUGGGGACUUUGUAUUUUCUCACUAUAGAUAUUAGCAACUUGACCAACAAUAUAGUAAAAAUACUUAAUUGGCUUCAAGGUAUAAGAUCAGAGAAGAAUUCAUAGUCUUCCACAUUCAACUUGUGAAUAAAUCCUCCAAAUACUUUAAUUCCUGUCUUGUCCAUAAUGAAGGCAAAAUAAAAGAAUGAUAUAUUUGCACACUCAGGCUUUCAUAAUGGGAAUAAAACUAGCUUAGGAAUAAGAAACAACUGGUUCUGGUCUUUUUCUGGCACUGCUGGAGGCUAAUCUAUACCUACUUAAAAUAAUCUACCAACUUUAA